CCCCGGCCGAAAACUCUCACGUUGCAACUUUGUGUGUGUGUGUGCGCGAAGUAAAGUGUGUGUGUGCGUGUGUGCGUGUGUUGACCCCUCCGAAAGAAGAUGGCAGACUACCGGGAAGACACCGGAGCCCGAGCCCUGCUGGCGUUGCAGUCGGCGCCAUGCAGUCCCGUCCGCGUCGCGGUGACCUCGCACGCCUACCACCAGCCCUCGCUCUCCCUCCUGGGUCCUCCGAUGAUGGAGGCCCGGGCGGACGCCGGGAUGUUCCCCGUGCGCCUCGCCUGUCCUCCGGCGCAGGCCCUGGCCAGGCUCGAGGGCCGGGACUUUGAGUUCGUGAUGCGCCAGAGGACGGUCACCAUAGGCCGGAACUCGUCUCACGGCUCCGUGGACAUCAACAUGGGCCACUCCAGCUUCAUCUCCAGGCGACACCUGCAGAUCACCUACGACGAGAACAACGGGUUCUCCCUCCGGUGCUUGGGCAAGAACGGCGUGUUCGUAGACGGGGUGUUCCAGCGGAGAGGCGCGCCGCCGCUGUCGCUGCCCAGAGAGUGUGUGUUUCGUUUUCCCAGUACAGUAAUCAAGAUCCAGUUUAUGUCACUGCUGCAGCCGGAGGAUCACAGAGAGAGGGAGCAGCCCUCUUUACCCCCUCGACCGCUUCUGCCCCACAUUUCCCCCCUCAAAAUCAGCAUUCCCACAAUGCAGCAGCAUGAAGAGCACAUCAGGGCAUUUGGCUCGCCGCUGCCCUCACCAACAGGCACCCUCAGUGUUCCCAACUCCUGUCCGGCUAGUCCACGAGGGGCAGGGUCGUCAGGGUAUCGCUAUGGACGCAACGUGACCUCUGACCUCCAGCUGGCAGCUGAAUAUGCUGCAAAGGCUGUUUCUGAGCAGAGACGAAGCAUUGCUGAGCAGAGAGGAGGGGGGAGUGAGCAGCGGGGGGAGUCGGCUGGAGGUGACAGCCCCAAGGAUGAGUCCAAGCCACCUUAUUCCUACGCACAGCUAAUCGUCCAGGCCAUCUCUUCUGCCCCGGACAAACAGCUGACUCUCAGUGGCAUCUACGCCCAUAUCACCAAACACUACCCCUACUAUCGCACUGCAGACAAAGGCUGGCAGAACUCAAUAAGACACAACCUGUCGCUCAACCGCUACUUUCUCAAAGUGGCCCGUUCUCAGGACGAGCCCGGCAAAGGGAGUUUUUGGCGCGUGGAUUCUGCUUCGGAGAGCAAGUUGGUGGAGCAGGCCUUCAGGAAAAGACGGCAAAGAGGGGUGGCUUGCUUUAGGACGCCAUUCGGACCUCUCUCUUCUCGGAGUGCCCCUGCAUCCCCAACCCACCAGGGACUUCUUUCUCCUCCAUCUAGCGGGCUUCAGACUCCUGAAUGUCUGAGCAGGGAGGGCUCUCCUAUCUCCCACGACCACCACGAACAGCUGGCUAACAAACUGGCAUCUGUACCUGAGUAUAGGUAUUCUCAGAGUGCCCCAGGAUCUCCAGUCAGUGCUCAGCAUGUCAUCAUGGCUGCACCCGCUCACCCAACAGUCCUGCCCUCGGGCCAGGGGAAAGCCCUUGCUUUCGUUCCAGGUGGUGGCGGCCAAGUCCAGCCCAUCCACAUGCUCCAGAACACCGGUCAGUCCACUAUCACCAUGGUGCGGGUGGUUACCAGCGCCCCUCCAACUUCCAACCCUCCUAAUGGGUACAGCGCCCCCUCUGUUGGAGGAGCAGAGGGCCACACUGAGCUCAGAGAAGCCCAGCUGACCAGAGAGCGAGUGAUCCAGACUGUGGACAGUGCAGUGCAGGGUGGCGACGGGCGAAACCUGGCCCUAGGUUUACAUCAACUUCCUGUUCGUCCUGUUACUCAGAAUGGCAAACACACCACUGCUACUGUUGCCACAGUAACCAGUCUCGCCAAUGCAUCUGGCCUGAGUAGUCCUCUCCAGAUCUUGGCUGCCCAGGCCUCCAGCUCCCCUCCAGUGCUGGUGAGCAGACAGCCCAGUGCAGAAACAUUAUCUGAGCAGCCAGGGGAGCCUCAGGCCAAGCGGCCGAAGAUGGAGGACGAAGCUGGGACCGAUUCUGCUCCGCAUCAAGUCACGCCUGCUCAGCAGCCUGUCAUCGUUGCCAUGACAUCACAAACCCACGACCCUAGGAAGUAAAACCCAGGGCCUCUGACCAGGUACCCAAUGGACAGCCUCCUUAUGGUCCCCCGACUGCUUUGCCUUUUAUACUCAUUUGAUAUGACUGCAGCCAUCACGGCCAAAAACAUGUACAGGCAGCCUCUCUUGACAGAAGGGAAUUAAAUUGUAAGGAACAUAUAUUUUGGUCAAAAAUAGAUUAAAAAAAAAACAAAAAACUUUCAAAUACAUUCUAAAUGUAAAAAGCAAGUAAAUCUUUCAGGACUUUUUUCAGCUUUACAGUCUUUUAUAACGUAAUCCAUCACUCACAGUAAGGAUAUAAAGCUUAUGAGAGCAUUAUGCAUAUUACAAUCAUUUCAGCACUACUUUUACUAUGUGAAUGUUGGAUAAUAUCUCAGAUACAACCUUUCCUCUAGUUGAUGGGUGAGAUGCAUCAGUUACUGUCUCUCUCAGGCCAAAGAACUCCUGCACUUCUAAUUUGUCAUUACCUGAUUUUAAAACCAGGGAAUGUGUGUUCAGAGAUUUGAAAAUGGCCGGCAUUUAUAGAAGAUACUGUGAUGAUCAGACUUGAUAUAUUGUGUAACUUCACACAAUAGUGGACAGAGAGGACUUGGCUGCGUAUACCCAGACCAUUGAUGGGGCUUUGGAGACUGUUAAGAAUAUGAUUGUACUCUUCAUAAGGUGAUUUUUUUUUUUUUUUACUGAAAAUCUCUCUUCAAAAAAAAAAAAAAAAAAAAAGAGUUAAUUAAUAUUAAGGCCCAGAAUGUGAGGUGUCUAUUCUUCUUGCCCUCUCUGUAAAGGACAAACAGAAAUAAAUGGGUAUUGUUUUUGAAGAAUAGAUCUGAGGAAAUCCAGGAACAACAAACAAGGACUUUGCGGUUUGUUUUAUCAGUGUGAAGCUCCUCAGAUUCAAGAUGAUCUGGGUGAUUGGAGAGCAGACAAGGGCAAAAAAGAAAAAAAGAGGCAACUAUUUGGAGUUGAUUGAAGUGGAGCUAACCUAAUGUAGACAAACUGAUUGUUUUUAAUUUUUUUUCUCGUUUCAGUAGUGGUAAAAGGAGAAACGGAACAGCCUGUGCGUACAGUUUUGUUUGUGUUAGCACAGAAAAGCAUUAUUGUAAUAAUCCUUAAAGCCUUAAAUAUUUCUAUUUUUUGUUAUUUUAUUUUAACUUUAACCUUUAGAAAGCUUUACCUUUUUUAGAUAGUUAACACAGCGCUUCUUUAACGGAACAUGAUCGGCAACACUACAGCGGUGACAGUUAUGUUGCAUCAGAAGACUUAAAUCAGUUUUAUCAGGGGAAGGGCGGGACCAACACAUGACCACAGAUUUCAACAGCUCUCUCCUUGUUUUCUUUCUUUCUGUAUGGUACUUCUGACCUAUUUUCUACUGGCUCUCCACUCUUUUGCUUUCAUUUUUCCCUUAAAUACAUUAACCUAUCUCCCAAUCUACCUCUCCUCAGUGAGCAGUUUCUAUCUUUACAGUCUCUACAGAGGCAUCAAGCUUUUAGCAAUUCCUGUCAAACACUGCCCUCAUUGGAUAUCCUUCAGCACUUUCUGUCUCCCCCCCUCCUCUCUAAUCUCUCAUUCUCACUCUGCCUUUAGCUUUUUCUGAAUGUCCUCGCACAGGCCUCAUUUUUAGCCGGCAAUCAGGCCCAAUUUUGCGAAAGAUUUCAGUGAUUGUUGUUGCACAUUAGAAAAAUAAAAACAAAAAAAGAUGCGUAAUGAUUGUAUGCUGCUCUAUCUGCUAAAUGACAAAGCUAUUUAGAAGGUAUUUUUUCUGCUUUUGGAGGAAAGAAAAAAUAUUUUGCUAUAUGUAAAAACAGCUGUCGUCAAUACGUAAACAUUCUGGAAAUAGAGAAGUAUAUGUAUUUUUAAAUGUUCCUGUUUUUGUGAUUUGUUAAAAUGUGUAGCACAAAUUAAAAUUCCUCAUU